AUGUCUGUCUCUGCACCAGUAUAUGACAAGUCCGACCCCAGGUCCGAGAAGUUGUUCCCGUUCCAUGUGCCAAUGACGCCAGAAUGGGCGACGGUGAAGGAUACAUUCGGAUCAGGAGCUAUGAUGGGUGCUGGUGCGGGAAUGUUCAUUCGGAACCCACUCUUCGUCUGGGGCGCACUGGUCAUGGCCGUCCUGGGCUUUGUUGGCCAAAAGCCGAUGCGGAGGGAGAAGGACGCCGCGAGUCCGUUGAUGGGUUUAGGGAUGGGCUUCAUGGGUGUCUUCUCGCUCCUUAUGCCCAAGUUACUCGCUGCUCCCGCUGUCGCUCCCGCGUCAACAUAA